AUGCUUGCGGAUAGAGAAGCGCCUGUGAUUCGCGAAGCGCGGCGAGGUACGCAACCAGGUCUACCAGGUGGAUUGAACGAUCUUGGAUACAAAUUGCCUAGUGAGGGCGGUACCAUCAUCAACUCAUUCUUCAAUAUGGCCAAUUCUAUCAUUGGCGCAGGCAUCAUUGGAUUGCCUUUCGCCUUUUCCUGUACGGGCUACAUUAUUGGCGUCUUGUUACUCCUGGCACUGACAGUUGUGGUUGACUGGACAAUCCGCCUGAUCGUUGUUAAUGCCAAGCUCUCUGGUCAGGACAGCUACCAAGACAUUGUUGAAUUUUGCUUUGGCAAUGUAGGCCUUGUCGCUGUCUCACUAGCACAGGUCCUCUUUGCUUUUGGAGGAAUGGUAGGCUUCUGCGUCAUUAUUGGCGAUACGAUUCCAGAUGUCAUCCUCUCUGCCUUCCCCAAGGUACAACACAAGCCCGUUCUCUGGCUCUUUGCCAAUCGGCAGUUCAUUGUCAUGCUCUGCACGCUCCUCAUCUCCUACCCGCUGUCGCUUUAUCGCGACAUUACAAAACUUGCCAAGGCGUCUGCUUUGGCUCUCAUUUCCAUGAUCCUGAUCAUCCUCACAGUCAUCAUGCAGGGACCCUUUUCAGCAGACCAGUAUCGCGGAGCAGAACGUGCUGAAGCGUUUAUUCUCAACAUGAAUUCACUCAAGGCCAUCUCUGUCAUCUCAUUCGCCUUUGUGUGUCACCACAACUCACUUCUCAUUUAUGGAUCUCUCAAGAAACCAACGAUUGAUCGAUUUGCUACGGUAACACAUAUCUCAACAGGCAUUAGUUGUUUGGCGUGCAUGAUUAUGGCGUUGACAGGCUACCUCGUCUUUGCCGAAAAGACCCGCGGCAACAUUCUCAAUAACUUCCCAAGAGAUGACGGUAAUGUCAUGGUCAUCCUGGCAAGAUUCUGCUUUGGCUUCAACUGCUUCACUACACUACCCAUUGAAGCGUUUGUGUGUCGCGAAGUGGUCAUCAAAUGCUUCUAUGCGCCACGCAUCAAGCAUCGCGAGUUUACGCAGAUGCAUCAUGUAGCUGUCACCUCGGCUUUUGUCUUUGGUGCAAUGCUCAUCUCCUUGUUUGUUCACGACUUGGGGAUCGUUCUCGAUAUUGUUGGUGGUACAUCAGCAUGCGCAUUGGCGUAUAUCCUACCACCUGCAUGCUACUUGACCUUGCUUGAAGGACCUUUCCUGAAGGACUAUCGAAAGUGGUUGGCUGCUGCUUGUGUCUUCUUUGGCAUUCUCGUCAUGAUUGCAUCGAUCGUCAAGGUCUUUGUAUAG